UUAUUUCUGAGCGAUCCAAAAUUCCAGGUGUAAUUUAUUUUUAAUAACGUACACUCUCUUAAACCUGUAAAUAACAGCAGGGAAGUUCACACUCGUAACAAGGCAGAUCUAAUUUUAAGCUGUAUGAUAAAAAAAAAAAAAGAAUCGGGAAGAAACAUGGGAAAUAUAUUUGUUUGGUGGCCUUAACAACAACAACAAAAAUUCGUUGCUAACGAAAUGUUCAGCAACUGAAUUUUUAUUAAGAAAUGAAUACACGAUCUAACCAACCCAACUGACGUGGUUUAACCGGGUGCGACAACGUCCCCAUGUCCUCCACAACACAAGGCGGCGAAGCUGAGGCAAUUGGCUCUGUCUAAAGUCAGGGUGGCCGCUCUGUACUUGUUGAGUCAAUGGGCACCGGGUAACAACAGACGAGGAUUUGAAAAGAACCUGCAAAGAUGUCUCGACGAUAUGAUUCAAGAACAACCAUCUUCUCGCCUGAAGGACGGUUAUACCAGGUAGAGUAUGCCAUGGAGGCCAUUGGCCAUGCUGGUACAUGUCUGGGGAUUUUGGCCAAUGACGGAGUGCUCCUGGCAGCAGAGAGAAGGAACAUCCACAAACUGCUGGAUGAGGUGUUUUUCUCAGAAAAGAUCUACAAGCUCAAUGAGGAUAUGGCCUGUAGUGUGGCUGGAAUCACAUCAGAUGCCAACGUACUGACCAAUGAGCUUAGGCUAAUAGCACAGAGAUAUCUACUACAGUACCAGGAGCCUAUUCCCUGUGAGCAGCUGGUCACUGCCCUGUGUGACAUCAAGCAGGCUUACACACAGUUCGGAGGGAAGAGGCCGUUUGGGGUGUCUCUGCUGUACAUGGGCUGGGACAAACACUAUGGCUUCCAGCUUUACCAGAGUGACCCCAGCGGUAACUAUGGCGGCUGGAAGGCCACCUGCAUCGGCAACAACAGCGCUGCUGCAGUGUCCAUGCUGAAGCAGGAUUUCAAAGAGGGAGAGAUGUCCCUGUCGUCUGCUUUGGCCCUGGCCGUUAAAGUGCUCAAUAAGACCAUGGACGUCAGCAAGCUGUCCGCUGAGAAAGUGGAGAUCGCCACUCUGACCAGAGAAAACGGGAAGACUUGCAUAAAGGUGCUGAAGCAGAAGGAGGUGGAUGAGCUGAUCAAGAAACACGAAGCUGAGGAGGCCAAGGCUGAGAAAGACAAGAAGGAGAAAGAGCAAAAGGAGAAAGACAAAUAAGUGUUCUGUGCUGUUUCUGUAAAAACAAAAUCUGGUUUUCUAAAUUGUUCUCUUCCGCUGUUAUCGGUUGUAUUUCUUUAAAUAAAUGCCCAAUACUUUGUUUUGACUCUG